AUGCACCCGCGAAUUCGCUUGCGAAUUCGCUUCCCUUGCCUAAACGAUUUCCCGAUAGAACUUCAAAUCGAUUGCGGUUCGGACUACACGAUUGUUUCUGAGGAGUCACUAACACAGCUCGGUGAUCCGGAAACAUGUUCCACGAGUCUGAAAGUAACUACAGCAUCAGGCAAGCUACUACCACUGAAUUCGGAGUUCGAGUGCCAGGUUACACUGAAGGGAUUGACCAAGCGUUCGGUGUGCUACGUGACAUCGGUGAAAGGCUUCAACGUUCUCGGAAGCGAUCUCAUGGAUGCUUUUGGUCUGUAUGACGUUCCGAUUAAUUCGUUCUGCAAGCUAGUUACGACCGUAGGAGAUUCGGAGGUGUAUUGCAAUGCACUGAAGGCAAAGUAUCCAGCGGUUUUUCAAGAUGGGCUCGGACGUUGUACGAAAACAAAGGUUCAGCUAUUUCUUCAACCAGGGGUGAAGCCGGUAUUCAAACCCAGAAGGCCGGUGCCUUUCCAUUCACAACGACUGGUGGAGAAGGAACUCCAGCGACUUCAAAACCUUGGUGUCAUCGAGCAGGUGGACUUCUCGAACUGGGCGGCACCCAUUGUUGCUGUUCGCAAGGCACAGCGUGACGCAGACGGAGAUCCGAUAGUGCGUAUUUGCGCGGAUUAUUCCACGGGGCUCAAUGCGGUGCUGGAAGCAAAUAAGUUCCCUCUACCUACUCCUGACGACAUUUUCGCAAAGCUGAGUGGCAGUCAGUACUUUAGUGUGCUGGACUUGUCAGAUGCAUAUCUACAGAUGGAAGUUGAGGAGGAUUCCCAGAAGUUGCUGACAGUGAAUACCCACAAAGUACUCUUCAAAUAUAAGCGGCUUCCUCCGGGGGUAAAAUCAGCUCCAGGAGCCUUCCAAAAAGUUAUCGACAACAUGAUUGGCGAUUUGGAAGGAACUGAAUCUUUUCUCGACGACGUUAAUGUGUUCGGGAAAACAAGAGCUAAGCACGACCAGAACCUCGAAAACACAAUUCAACGGAUCCAGGAGUACGGGUUUCGGCUCAAGAUUGAGAAGUGA